GGCCAUUUCGACUGAGCCGGCAUAUCUCAGCAGUCCUUGGUUGAAGGGGAAGGUUUCCUUGUAUCAACGUCCUCGAUAACAACAAAAAAUGAAUGAGACCGUCAUCUCGUUCGGUAAGGACUUCUUGGCUGGUGGUAUUUCCGCUGCCAUCUCCAAAACAGCUGUAGCCCCUAUUGAAAGAAUCAAGCUUCUACUUCAGGUAAGUUUGACUGGCUUUUCAGAAAUUAACUGUUAGUUUCUAGCUACAGUCCAGUACUAACGUUAACCCGGAUGAGAGGGGUUCGUUUGGUACUAACAGUAACUGGCUAAGUUACUAACGUAACUCCUCGCCAUAUCUUUUUUUGGGGGUGCUUUUUUAAACUGGGUUACCUAGCUAUCUACUGUAGCUUACUUAGCUAAUGACAUUUCAUUGGUGCCUUGCAAGGUUGAAAGGAUGCGAGUAACUCGUUCAUUUUGGUUCCUCGUCGCGUGUGAUCAACUUGGAACUGUCAGUUCAGCAGCAAACCGGUGUCCGAGUCUUGUUUGGGAAUUUGGCUAACGUUAACUAGCUAACUAACUCUUAGUUUGCUUGCUGCAAAUGACUAACGUCAUUGUUGUACAAGUUUAAAGACUCCGUAUAUGUGUUAUGCUCAUUGGCAUCCCUACUAGCUAGUUACUUUGUUCACUAGCUAGCUUGGACAUUGAACAUCGUUGUGUCCUCUGACAUCAAGUAUUACGUAACUAGCAGUUACUAGGCCCGAGAAGUUGCCAAGGUCGCAACAAGGGGAGGCUUCAUCCUGUGUUUAGCUGAGGCCUAGCGAGAACCAAUCUAGUGAGGAGGAGGCGGGUCCUUCUACAUUGUGAAUGGAACGUUGAAAGGCGAAGUGCUUGGUGAUGCUGACUAACGUUACCUAGCUAACUUCUUGUCUACAUGAUUUUAGCCACUGUUAGCCAUGUAUCCACAAUGUUGCCAACAUUGAAUUACUAUGAAUAGUGUUGUUAGGGGUGUUGGCUUAUUUAGUUGGCUAAGGAAAUUGAAUGCUGUUGAGACACUUUUAUUGAUAAAGUAGGCCAUGUCCUCUGUAUCUUUGUCAUUAAACUGCCGUUUCCUUUUCCCUUUGAAGUUUUAUAAAUAUAUUGUAUAAAGACUGAGCAUUGGCUUUUGAUGUGUUUGUGAAUACAGGUGCAACAUGCUAGCAAACAGAUCACCGUUGACAAGCAGUACAAGGGUAUCAUGGAUUGCGUCGUCCGUAUCCCCAAGGAGCAGGGCUUCCUGUCGUUCUGGAGAGGCAACUUGGCCAAUGUCAUCAGAUACUUCCCCACCCAGGCCCUCAACUUUGCAUUCAAGGACAAAUACAAGCAAAUCUUCCUGGAUGGCGUGGACAAGAAACAGUUCUGGAGAUACUUCGCUGGUAACCUGGCCUCUGGCGGUGCUGCUGGCGCUACCUCCCUGUGUUUUGUGUACCCCCUCGACUUUGCCAGAACCCGACUGGCUGCUGAUGUCGGUAAGGCCGGUGCUGGGCGUGAGUUCAACGGCCUGGGUGACUGCUUGAAGAAGAUCUACAAGGCUGACGGUCUGAAGGGCCUGUACCAGGGCUUCUCAGUGUCGGUCCAGGGCAUCAUCAUCUACAGAGCUUCAUACUUCGGCGUCUAUGACACAGCCAAGGGUGAGUCCAUGGACUGCUCUGAGCACAGGCCUCAAUCCUCAUGUCUGAGUAGAACUGCAAGUGUCUGUUUCACAAAGAAUCUUAAAGCCUGCUUUAAUCCACUUGCAUUUUCUCUGUAGGUAUGCUGCCAGAUCCCAAGAAUGCAAGCAUCUUGGUCAGCUGGGCCAUCGCUCAGUCUGUGACUGCAGUUGCCGGUCUUACAUCCUACCCCUUCGAUACUGUCCGUCGUCGUAUGAUGAUGCAGUCUGGACGUAAAGGAGGUAAUUGUCAACUUUUGAACACUUGUCUGUAUUUUAGUAUCAAGUUGUAUAUUCACCAUCAUGCUGUCCACCAACAGUGGGCUACUGCUUGUGCUUACCAUUCAGCCAAGGCAAAGGUAUGACCUGUUUUGCUUGUUUUGCAGGUGACAUCAUGUACACUGGCACCAUUGACUGCUGGAAGAAGAUUGCGAGGGAUGAGGGUGGCAAGGCCUUCUUCAAAGGAGCCUGGUCCAACGUUCUCCGAGGCAUGGGAGGUGCCUUCGUGCUGGUGUUGUACGAUGAGUUGAAGAAGGUCCUCUAAACUGUUUUUAGAUGUCUCCCAAAAAAUGUUUAAACUGUAACAUAACUUGUACAUUUGGAAGGACUGUCAAAUUCCGCCUUAUUUAUAGGGACCAACUAGUAUGUUUGUGCUAGUUGUACUGGAGAAAUCUGUUUUGCGCUUUUUAUUUUGCCCAAUGUUUGUUUCUGUUUGCCCCUCACCAGAAUGUAAUUCCCAUUUUAAAAAAGUUACAAUGCCAGGUCUUCAAAUGUCAACCUGUUUCAUCCAGAUGGUCUGUUUCUAGUCAAUACUGUAAAAAUAAAGGCAACCUAC